UGUAUUGGGAUAACCUCAAGAUAAUCGAAUCGCACAAGCUAGCCUGUAGCUAGCGUCAGGCGGUCAGUGUUUGAUUGACAUUGAGCGCGUGCGCAGGUCACCAUGAUCUUCAUUGCACUGUUGUUGAUAUCCGGUUCGAUUGCCGCGAACGCGUCAUGUCCGCACAUUGUUACCAAAAAGGAAUGGGACGGGCUAUUACCCCUGCACGUGGAGUAUUUACCUCGACCAGUAGAUCUGGUAAUCAUUCAGCACACCGUCACACCAUUCUGUUCUACUGACGCUGCGUGUGAAGAGCUGGUAAGAAGCAUUCAGACAAAUCAAAUGGAAGAUCAAGGAUUCUGGGACAUUGGAAUGUCAUUUCUCGUAGGUGGCAACGGUAAAAUAUAUGAGGGAAGCGGCUGGCUCCACGUUGGUGCGCAUACUAUAGGCUAUAAUAAAAAAUCCAUUGCAAUUUCCUUUAUAGGAAAUUAUAACAAUGACACACCAACAAACGCCCAACUGGAAGCAGCGAAAUCAUUGAUCCGUUGUGGUGUUGAAAAUGGACAUUUAACACCUGAUUACAAGGUGGUCGCUCAUCGACAGUUGAUAGCAACUCAAAGCCCCGGUCGCCGCCUUUACCAGGUUCUGAGAACUUGGCCCGAUUGGAUGGAAGACGUUACGUCAAUUAAAAAUUGAUCGUCUGUGAAGGAA